AUUGUCAGCUCCUUCGAUUUGAUACGUAAAGAGAGACAACAGCAAUUGAAGGCAGCAGCUCAAGCUGAAAAAGCGGUAAAAGCACAAAAACAGCAACAACUGCAAUGUAAUACCAGUAAUAGUGGACGGGUGCGCGCUAAAUCGCAGGGGGAUAAAAUGGGCGUGCAACAACAAAAUACUAAUAAAACUAAUAACACCAACAAUAAUGGAGGCAACAACAAACAUCGUGUACAAAAGCAACUCUCAAUGAUUAUUGUCAACUCAAAUGCAACCGCCAACAAUGAUAAUAACAAAAGCAAUCGUAACAAUAAUGCCACCCACAACACUGCCACCCAUAACACCAGAGUUGUAACAAGCCCUACAUCACCGGCUUCCAGCUCUGGUGCAGAGCUGCUGGCAUUUGCUGCAAAAUCAUCAGCGGCUUCUAGUAUGUCCGCAGCGCCGAAUUCGGCCCAGAAGCCCCGUCCGGCAUCAGUAUCUUUGCAUUUCACAACAUCCCCCACACCGGUCACUCAACAAUUGCAACACAUGGUUUCGGGCACGAAUUUGCGCAUAUUAAACCGCAGUACAUCUUAUCAGACACAGACGGAGCAGCAAGAACUGCAGACAAAAACAAAACAGUCUGAAGUUGAAAACAAUGAAGUGCCACGCCAGCAGCAAGCACAGUUGCAAUUCACACCAAGUUUCAAUUCGUGGACGAAUUUCUCAUUUACAAAAAAUUUUAUUGCAAAUAUAUUUUGUUAAAAGUACAUAAGUCGAUCUACUAGUAUGUAGUAGAAUUGCAGAUUGUUUGAAGAAAAGUGAGGUGAAAGCGGAAUUGUAUGCAUGAUUAGGUUAAGUGUGCGAAGGGGGUGUCUAUUGGUGGGGAGAGCAUAAGGAGUUAAAAUUCUUGUAUUUGAUAUAAAAAAUUUUACGGUUUUACAACGAAUAUGAGAAAUAUCAAAGCGCAUGUCAUUGAAUAUAGUUUAUGCGAUGCUCGGUGAUAUCUGAGAUAUUUGAAAACAACAAUAUGUAUAUAAAGUUCCAAAAAUUUAACAGACAUUACUAACAUUGAAUAAUAAUUUUAUUUGAAAUUACAGGGAAUUUUAGCUUUUUAUGUUUUACCGCGCCAACACUUCGCGGAUGUAGCAGUUUAUUUUCUAACUGUAUCUACUAGGAAAUCUACUACUUAUUUUUAUUGAUUAUUUUUUUAAUUUGAUAAUUUUUUUCUGUUAUUUUUGUAAAACUGAAGCGUACAGACGAAAAGCUUGAUUUCUAAUUUUAGUUUACUUUACAAACACAAACACAUUUUGUUGGAAGUCCUCGAUUUUUCAAUACAUUUGUGAAACUUUAACAUGUAGAUCAUUGUGAAAUUUAAGUUUUCCCAAUGAAGAAAUAUUAGGAUAAUUGUAAAUCAGUUGAUGAAAAUGCCACCUACAAAUAGUGAGAAAACGCUAGACGACUCAUAGGUAGGCCUAAGCGUAUAUGUAGUCAUAAAUUGAUGGUAUAUAUGUAAUAACCAACUCAACCAUCAUUUCAUUCCAUCAUCGCGCUCUACCAACGCCUUGUGAUAGUACAAUAAAUUUUACUUUUAGUUUUAAUGAUAACUCAUAUAUGUACUGAAAUGUAAAAAAAGUGCAAAGUAACUUGUCGUAUGCAAAAAUGAAAUGCCUAUUUUUGUCGCUCUAUAUAACAAAUGCUCUUAUUAAGCUCUUCCAUUACUAUUGAAGAUUAAUUUCAGUACAAUUUUUCUUACUGUUUUCAUGUGGCAUUUGAGCGCAAAACAAUAAUUGAACAAAUGUACCUCGAGUUUAUUGCAUUUUUACUAUUAUUCAUACAAUUAUAUUCAAAUUUCCUUGGACAAGAAAUUUACUUACCGUAAAAUAUUUUUGUUAGUGAUUUGUAGUAAUUAAACUUUUUCCGGUUAGUUCCUGUCUAGUUGUUUAACUUUCAACAUGAGUUUAAAGUGCAAAAUUGCUUAGAAUACAGAAUAACUGAAAUCGAACAAGAGGCACAUAAUGUGGCGCCCUUUAGCACGAAAAUUAAAUUAUAAUUUGAAGUCACCUCUACAUGUAACUUGAAUUGGCUUUAAGAUGAAUGAAAGCAUUUUCACAAUUGAUUAAAUUUUAAUUUUUUAUUCACUUUUAAGUUAAAGAAGUGCGAAUAUUUUUUGUUGUAGAAUUUGUUCGCAAAGAAGGAGAAUAAAAAUAAGACGACGGGAGUCGGUGUCAAUUGUGUUUGCACUUAUUAUUUACACUACGUUUAUUUUUUAUGGUUAAAAUUUUAAUUUUUUUGACACGCAUGCGCAUAUUGAAACAUAUGUGUUACUAUGAAAUAUUAAGUUUUUAAGUAUAUAGACUGCUUAAAAUAAUAACUCCUUUACUCUUAAAUUUUAUAUGAAAAUAUUCUUUAAAAAAUCUUAAUAUAAGUGAAUUCUGCUUUUAUAUUUUAUUUGAAAAUGCAAUAACUAUUAUUUUAUUUUGUGUAUAUUUUAAUGAUAGUUCUAAAAAGUAAAAAGUGCAAGCACAUUUAAUACCAAAUGAGCCAAAUAAAAAGUGUCGGUUUUAGAAAUCAUGCCAACAUUUAAGCAACAUAUCGUUUGUUAAUGCUAUGCAAUAACACCUGAGUUAUAAGACUACAUUUUAAGAUUUAGUUUUAUAAACAAUUUAAAUUACAAAUAAUAUAUAGAAUGUGAAAGUGGUUUCUUCAACUGACAAUACGGUAAUUUGGCUCAUAAAAAAAUUUAAAAAAAACAAAAAAAAAAAACGCUCACUCCACACAUUUCAAA